AUGAGGCUGCGACUCCUGGUGGCCGCGCUUUGCGCUGGGGUCCUGGCGGGGGCGCCCCGAGUGCGAGCCCAGACCCGGGAGAGAGUGACCUGUACACGUCUUUACUCCGCUGACAUUGUGUUCCUACUUGACGGGUCCUCUUCUAUCGGUCGCAAUAACUUCCGAGAAGUCCGCGGCUUCCUGGAGGGGCUAGUGCUGCCCUUCUCUGGGGCCGCUAGUGCUCAGGGCGUGCGCUUCGCAGCGGUGCAGUACAGCGACGACCCCCGGACAGAGUUUGGCCUCGAUGCGCUUGGCUCAGGGAGCGAUACAAUCCGUGCCAUCCGGGAGCUCAGCUACAAAGGGGGCAAUACACGAACCGGAGCUGCCAUUCUCCAUGUGGCUGACCACAUCUUCCUGCCUCAGCUGGCCCGUCCUGGCGUCCCCAAGGUCUGCAUCCUGAUCACGGAUGGGAAGUCCCAGGACAUGGUGGACACAGCUGCCCAGAGGCUGAAGGGGCAGGGAGUCAAGCUAUUUGCUGUGGGGAUCAAGAACGCUGACGCUGAGGAGCUGAAGCGAAUUGCCUCACAGCCCACCAGUGAUUUCUUCUUCUUCGUCAAUGACUUCAGCAUCUUAAGAACACUUCUGCCCCUUAUUUCCCGCCAAGUGUGUACGACUGCGGGUGGUGUGCCCGUGACCUUGCCCUCCGAUGAUGUGACCUCUGGCCCACGGGACCUGGUGCUGUCUGAGGUGGGCAGUCAGUCCCUGCAUGUACAGUGGACAGCAGCCAGUGGUCCUGUGACUGGGUACAAGGUCCAGUACACACCUCUGACAGGACUGGGGCAACCACUGGCAAGUGAAAUGCGAGAGGUGAACGUUCCAGCUGGUGAGACUAGCGUGCGGCUACAGGGCCUCCGGCCUCUGACCAUGUACCAGGUGACAGUGGUCGCCCUCUACGCCAACAGCAUCGGCGAGGCUGUGAGCGGCACAGUUCAAACCACUGCCCUGGAGGGCCCAGAGCUCACCAUCCAGAACACCACGACCCACAGCUUCCUGGUGGCCUGGCGGAGCGUGCCGGGUGCCACUGGCUACCGUGUGACAUGGCGAGCCCUUAGAGGUGGGGCUGCAGAGCAGCAGGAGCUGGGCACUGGGAAGCAGUCAAUGUUGCUGCGUGGCCUGGAGCCUGGCAUGGACUAUGAGGUGACGGUGAGCGCACUGUUUGGCCGGACCGUAGGGCCUGCCUCCACCCUGACCGCCCGCACUGAUCCUUCUGUUGAGCAGACCCUUAACUCGUUCAUCCUGGGCCCCACGUCCAUUCUCCUCUCCUGGAACCUGGUGCCUGAGGCUCGAGGCUACCGGCUGGAGUGGCGGCGUGAGAGCGGCUUAGAACCACCAAAAAAGGUGGAGCUUCCCUCCAAUGUGAUCCGAUAUCAGCUGGAAGGGCUGCAGCCAGGCACUGAGUAUCGUAUCACUCUCUACACCCUGCUGGAGGGCCGGGAGGUAGCCACGCCUGCGUCGGUGGUCCCCACUGAAACCGAGCAGCCCGUGGGCCAGGUGCUGGACCUACAAGCUGUCGAGCUGCCUGGACAGCGAGUGCGAGUGUCCUGGAGCCCAGUCCCCGGUGCCACUGAGUACCGCAUCACCGUGCGCAGCAUCCAGGGGGUUGAGAGGACCCUGGUGCUUCCUGGGAGUCAGACAACCUUCGACUUGGAUGACGUCCGGGCGGGGUGGAGCUACACUGUGCGGGUGUCUGCUCGUGUGGGCUCCCGAGAGGGUAGCGCCAGCAUCAUCACCGUCCACCGUGAUCCGGAAGUCACGCUUGCCAUCCCAAGGCUGCGGGUUGUGGCAACAGAUGCAACUCGCAUAAGAGUGUCCUGGGGCGCUGUUCCUGGAGCCAGCGGAUUUCAGAUCAGAUGGGGGACAGACAGUGGUCCAGAGUCUAGCCAGACACUGUCUCUAGACUCCACUGUCACAGACAUCACAGGACUGAAGCCAGGAACCUCCUACAGGGUGACUGUGUCGGCGCUUCGGGGAAGGGAGGAAGGUCCCCUUGCGGUCAUCACAGCUCAGACUGACCCACUAGGCCCAGUGACAGCAGUUCGUGUGACUCAGGCUGGAAGCUCAUCUGUCACCAUCAACUGGACCAGAGUUCCUGGAGCCACAGGAUACAGGAUCACCUGGCGCUCAGGCCACGGCCCAGAGAACUCCCAGCUGGUCUCUGGGGAGGCCACGGUGGCCGAGCUGGAUGGUCUGAAAUCAGAUACAGAGUACACAGUGCACGUGCAGGCCCACACAGCUGGUGUGGACGGGCCUCCUGCCUCUGUGGUGGUCAGGACUGCUCCUGAGCCGGUGGGCACAGUGUCAAAGCUGCAAAUUCUCAACGCUUCCAGCGACGUUGUGCGUGUCACCUGGGUGGGCGUUCCAGGAGCCACAAGCUACAGACUGUCCUGGGGCCGGAGCGACGGUGGCCCCAGGAGAGAGCAGAUCCUCCCAGGAAACACGGACUCCGCUGAGAUCAGGGGCCUUGAAGGUGGUGUCAGCUACUUCGUGCGCGUGACCGCGCUGGUGGGGGACCGCGAGGGCGCGUCAGUCUCUAUCGUCGUCACCACACCGCUGGAGGCUCCUCCACCCCUGAGGACCCUUCGUGUAGUGCAGCGCGGGGAGCACUCGCUGAGGCUGCACUGGGAUCCAGUAUCUGGGGCGCGUGGCUACCGUCUGCGCUGGCGGGCCGAAGGUGGCCAGGAGCAGUUCCAUGAUUUGGGCCCCGAGUCCAGCAGCUACCUCCUGGACGGACUGGAACCAGGAACCCAGUACCACAUACGGCUGAGUGUCAUGGGGUCAGCUGGAGAAGAGACCCCCACAGAGAUCACUGCACGCACUGAGUCACCUCGAGUCCCAAGAACUGACCUUCGUGUAGUGGACACCUCCAUAGAUUCUGUGACUCUGGAGUGGACUCCAGUAUCUGGGGCAUCUAACUACAUUUUAUCCUGGCGGCCACUCAGAGGCCCUGGUCAAGAAGUUCCUGGAACCCCACAGACACUGUCGGGGACCUCAAACUCUCAGCGAGUGAGAGGGCUAGAGCCUGGUGUCUCCUACAUCUUCUCCCUGACACCCAUCCAAGGGGGUGUUCGGGGUCCUGAGGCCUCUGUCACACAUAACCCAAGGUGCCCCCAGGGCCUGAUGGACGUGGUGUUCCUAUUGCACGCCACUCGAGAUAAUGCUCACCGAUCAGAGGCUGCAAAGAGGGUCCUAGAGCGUCUGGUGUCUGCCCUUGGGCCCCUUGGGCCCCAGGCAGUUCAGGUUGGCCUUCUGUACUAUAGCCACCGGUCCUACCCGCUGUUCCCACUGAACAGCUCCUACGAUCUUGGCAUCAUCCUGCAGAAGAUCCGUGACAUCCCCUAUACAGACCCAAGUGGGAAUAACCUGGCUGCAGCCGUGAUCAUGACUCAAGCCCGCCUGUUGGGACCAGAUGCACCUGGGCGCCGCCACCAUGCCCCAGGGGUGAUGGUUCUGUUAGUGGACGAGCCAUUGAGAGGUGACAUCUUUGGUCCCAUCCGUGGGGCCCAGGCUGCUGGGAUCAAUGUCAUGAUACUGGGCCUGGCGGGAGCUGACCUGGAGCAGCUGCGUCGCUUGGUGCCCGACAUGGGCCCUGUGCAGACUUUCUUUGCUGUGGAUGAUGGCCCAAGCCUGGAUCAGGCUGUCAAUGGUUUGGCGACAGCAUUGUGUCAGGCAGCAUCAGGAACCCAGCCACAGCCGGGGCCUUGCACUGUCCACUGUCCAAAGGGCCAGAAGGGAGAACCUGGAGAGAUAGGUCUCACAGGACAACCUGGGUCCCCAGGGCCCCCUGGCCUUCCGGGCAGGACUGGUGCUCCAGGCCCCCAGGGACCACGAGGAGGCACCAAUGCAAAGGGCGACAGGGGCUUCCCUGGAGCAGAUGGGCGUCCUGGCAGCCCUGGCCGCCCCGGGAAUCCUGGGAGCCCUGGCCCAAAGGGCUCCCCAGGGUGGCCUGGCUCUCCUGGGCAAACGGGAGAGCGAGGGCCUCGAGGCCCAAAAGGGGAACCGGGGGAACCUGGACAAGUCUUUGGAGGGGAGGGGCCCGGCCUUCCUGGGCAGAAAGGAGAACCUGGACCUUUCGGCCCCCCAGGACCUCCUGGCCAAGUUGGAGGACCAGGACCCCGGGGUCCCCCAGGACUUCCUGGAACAUCCUUGAAGGGUGACAAAGGUGAUCGUGGGGAAAGGGGCCCCCCUGGACCGGGUCUUGGUGACACUGUUUUGGGGGAGCCAGGACUGCCGGGCCUUCCUGGACCUCAAGGCCCAAUUGGCCCCUCUGGAGAGAAAGGAGAGAAGGGUGACUGUGAGGACGGAGCCCCAGGCCUUCCAGGACCACCUGGGAUGCCAGGUCAGCGGGGCCCACGUGGACCUCCUGGAGUUGUUGGUCCCAAAGGUGCCCAGGGGCUGACAGGGAGCUCGGGGGAGCCUGGAGAAAAGGGUGAACACGGUCCACCUGGCCCAGCGGGGCCUCGGGGCCUCCCAGGACCUGUAGGACGUCCUGGACCUGAGGGUCCGGAGGGGCCACCAGGACCCGCUGGCCGCCGAGGAGAGAAGGGGGAGCCUGGUCCCCCUGGGGACCCUGCAGUGGUGGGACCUUCUGGUGAUGGAGUCAAGGGAGAGAAAGGAGAAGUGGGGCCCACUGGGCCCAAAGGAGCUGCUGGCAUUAAAGGGGAGCGGGGACUACCUGGUUUGUCGCCUCCUGGAGACCCUGGUCCCAAAGGAGAUCCUGGAGACCGGGGCCCUAUUGGCCUCACUGGGAGAGCAGGACCCCCGGGUGGCCUGGGGCUUCCUGGAGAGAAAGGAGACACUGGGCGGCCUGGACCCCCAGGGCCUAUUGGUCCCCGAGGACGCGAUGGUGAAGUUGGAGAGAAAGGUGACGAAGGCCCCCCGGGUGAACCAGGUUUGCCUGGAAAAGCUGGCAUUCGGGGGCCACCUGGAGCUCGAGGGCCUGUUGGGGAGAAGGGAGACCAGGGAGAUCCUGGAGAAGAUGGGCGAAAUGGCAGUCCUGGAGCCUCUGGACCCAAGGGUGACCGUGGGGAGCCGGGUCCCCCAGGACCCCCUGGACGGCUGGUGGACACGGGGCUUGGAGCCAGGGAAAAGGGAGAGCCUGGGGAACGUGGACAAGAGGGUCCUCCAGGACCCAAGGGUGACCCUGGCCCCCCUGGAGUUCCUGGGGAGAGGGGCAUCGGCGGAGUUCGGGGACUCCCAGGCCCACAGGGGGACCCAGGUGUCCGAGGCCCGACAGGAGAAAAGGGUGAUCGGGGCCCAUCUGGGCUGGAUGGCCGGAAUGGGCUGGAUGGGAAACCAGGAGCCGCUGGCCCCCCUGGAUUGCAAGGUGCUACGGGCAAAGCUGGGGACCCAGGGAGAGACGGACUUCCAGGCCUCCGAGGAGAACAGGGACCUCCCGGGCCCCCAGGACCUCCUGGAACAGUGGGAAAGCCAGGGGACGAUGGCAAACCUGGUCUGAAUGGGAAAAACGGAGAACCCGGCGAUCCUGGCGAAGACGGGAGGAAGGGAGAGAAGGGCGAUUCGGGUGCCCCUGGGAGAGAUGGUCGUGAGGGCCCCAAGGGUGAGCGUGGAGCUCCCGGUAGCCCUGGAUUCCAGGGUCCCCCGGGCCUCCCAGGGCCAGUUGGUCCCUCUGGUCAGGGCUUUCCUGGCGUCCCAGGAAAUAUAGGUCCCAAGGGUGACCGUGGGGAGAUUGGUUCCAAAGGGGAACAGGGCCUCCCUGGAGAGCGUGGCCCAAGAGGAGAACCUGGGAGCACAGCAAAUGUGGAGCGGUCCCUGGAAGCUGUUGGGAUCAAGAUGUCUGCUCUGCGGGAGAUUGUGGAGACCUGGGAUGAGAGCUCUGGCAGCUUCCCGUCUGUGAUUGAGCGGCGCCGAGGCCCUAAGGGGGAGCCAGGAGAGCGGGGACCCUUGGGCAAGGAGGGUCCCAUCGGCCUUCCUGGAGAACGUGGGCUGAAGGGAGAGCGUGGAGACCCUGGUCCUCAGGGGCCGCCGGGCUUGGCUCUUGGGGAGAGGGGCCCUCCUGGACCUCCUGGCCUUGCCGGGGAGCCUGGAAAGCCUGGUAUUCCUGGACUCCCAGGCCGGGCUGGGACUGUGGGGGAAGCAGGAAGGCCAGGAGAGAGGGGAGAACGGGGAGAGAAAGGAGAGCGUGGAGAACAGGGCAGAGAUGGUCCUCCCGGCCUUCCUGGACCCCCGGGCCCCCCUGGCCCCAAGGUGGCUGUGGAUGAGCCAGGUCUUGGACCCUCUGGAAAACCAGGACCCCCUGGACUGAAGGGCACUAAGGGGGAGCCAGGCAUCGAUGGUGACCGAGGCCCCAAAGGAGACAGGGGUGUGCCAGGUGCCAAGGGAGACCGGGGCGAGCUCGGAGAGAGGGGGCACACUGGCAGCCCGGGACUACCAGGAGAGCGGGGUGUGGCUGGGCCUGAAGGGAAGCCGGGCCUGCAGGGUGAGAGAGGAGCCCCUGGCCCCAUGGGUGGCCAUGGAGACCCUGGACCACCUGGUGCCCCGGGUCUUGCUGGCCCUGCUGGCCCUCAGGGACCUUCUGGCCUGAAGGGGGAGCCUGGAGAGACAGGACCACCAGGACGGGGCCUGCCUGGACCUACGGGACCUGUGGGACUGCCUGGCCCCCCUGGCCCUUCAGGCCUUGUGGGCCCACAGGGGGCACCAGGUUUGCCUGGACAAGUGGGCGAGACAGGGAAGCCGGGAGUGACAGGUCGAGAUGGCACCAAUGGGAAGGAUGGAGACAGAGGAGCCCCUGGCGUGCCGGGACCACCAGGCCUGCCUGGACCUGUCGGACCCAAGGGAGAAGUUGGACCCAUGGGCCCUCCCGGACAGGCGCUGAUUGGACCUCCUGGAGCAAAAGGAGAGAAGGGAGCCCCUGGAGCCUUUGCUGGAGAGCUGGUGGGUGAGCCGGGAGCCAAAGGUGACCGAGGCCUGCCAGGACCUCGAGGGGAGAAGGGUGAUGUCGGCCGUGCAGGGGAGCCUGGAGAUCCUGGAGAAGAUGGUCAGAAAGGAGUGCCAGGAUUGAAGGGUAGCAAGGGUGACCCAGGAGUUGAGAUCCAGGGCCCUCCUGGGCCAGCUGGUCCUCCAGGUCUGAAGGGAGAAGCGGGCCUCCCUGGACCCCCUGGCGCUCCUGGUGUUGUUGGGUUCCCAGGUCAGACAGGCCCUCGAGGCGAGACGGGCCAGCAGGGCCCUACAGGAGAGCGGGGUCUGGCAGGCCCUCCAGGUAGAGAAGGAGCCCCAGGCCCUUUAGGGCCACCUGGACCCCCCGGGUUGGUGGGAGCACGUGGAGCCUCGGGACUAAAAGGAGACAAGGGAGACCCUGGAGCAGGGCUGCCUGGAGCCCGAGGGGAGCGUGGAGAGCCAGGGGUCCGGGGUGAAGACGGACGACCUGGCCAGGAGGGAACCCGAGGACUCAUGGGGCCUCCAGGCGGCCGUGGGGAGCGUGGGGAGAAGGGUGACACUGGAGCUCCAGGUGUGAAGGGUGACAAGGGUGACUCUGUCAUGAUCGAGGGGCCUCCAGGGCCACAGGGUGCCAAGGGGAACAUGGGUGAACGAGGGCCUCGAGGCAUAGAUGGUGACCAAGGACCUCGAGGAGAUGCAGGGAUCCCUGGAGAGAAGGGCGUCAAGGGGGAGCCUGGUGACAAGGGCUCGGCGGGGUCCCUGGGAGCACGUGGACUCACGGGACCCAAGGGUGAGCCUGGUGCUGCGGGGAUCCCUGGUGACCCGGGACCCCCAGGGAAGGAUGGAGUCCCUGGUGUCCGAGGAGACAAAGGAGAUGUCGGCUUUAUGGGACCCCGGGGCUUCAAAGGCGAACGAGGAAUGAAAGGGGCCUGUGGCCUUGAUGGAGAGAAGGGUGACAAGGGAGAAGCUGGAUCCCCAGGCCGCCCCGGGCUAGCAGGACGCAAAGGAGAAAUAGGAGAGCCAGGAGUACCCGGCCUUUUGGGGGCCCCCGGAAAGGAGGGCCUGAUUGGCCCCAAGGGUGACCGAGGCUUUGAUGGACAAUCAGGACCCAAGGGUGACCAGGGAGAAAAAGGAGAUCGGGGACCCCCAGGAAUUGGGGGCUUCCCAGGCCCUAGAGGCAAUGAUGGCUCUAGUGGGCCACCCGGACCACCUGGCAGUGUUGGUCCCAAAGGCCCCGAAGGACUUCAAGGCCAGAAGGGUGAACGGGGACCCCCUGGAGAGAGUGUGGUGGGGGCCCCUGGAGCCCCUGGGAUGCCUGGUGAGAGAGGGGAGCAGGGGCGACCAGGGCCCAUUGGUCCCCGUGGUGAAAAAGGAGAAGCUGCGUUGACCGAGGAUGACAUUCGGGCCUUUGUACGUCAGGAGAUGAGUCAGCAUUGUGCUUGCCAAGCCCAGUUCAGUGCAUCUGGAUCACGACCCCUCCCUAGUUAUGCUGCAGACACUGCCGGCCCUCAGGCCCACCAUGUACCCGUGCUCCAAGUCUCUCAUGCAGAGGAGGAAGGCCGGCUGCCCCCCGAGGAUGAUGAGUUUUCAGAAUACUCUGAGUAUUCUGUGGAGGAAUAUGAGGACCUUGAGGUGCCCUGGGAAGGUGAUGAUCCUUGCUCGUUACCACUGGAUGAGGGCUCCUGUACUGCCUACACCCUGCGCUGGUAUCACCGGGCCGUGGCUGGCGGCAUAGGGGCCUGCCGUCCCUUCGUCUAUGGCGGUUGCAAAGGCAAUGCCAACCGUUUUGGGACCCGAGAGGCUUGUGAGCACCGCUGCCCACCCCGUGUGGUCCAGAACCUGGGAACAGGUAUGACCCUGCCUGCAACCCCACUACCUCCACUAGAACAGCUCCUGGGGUGA